AUGUCUCGCUAUCCUUGUCAAGUUUCUUACCGUUCAUCAAAAUGUCCGCCUCUUAGUGAUUCAGAGUCAGAAUCAGACGCUUCAUUUGACGGAAAUUCUUCAUCGGAAAUAAAAAACACAAUUGAAGAGUUUAGCAUGACUACUCGUACUGAUUCCAUUUCAUUGUUGAAAAGCAAUGUCGAUGAGUUACAAGCACAGCUUGAAGAAAUUCAAUUAGCCAAAGAAUGUGUGCAAUCUGAAAUUCGAGUGAAAAGAGAAAAGUUGAUUGAAGCAGUUUUGGAAGUGGUAAAGUCUGAAAAAUGUCUCAUUGAUGUUGACAACUCGAUGGCUGAUCAACUUUAUGACUUUCAAACAAAGCUUUUCGAAAUGGAGCACAAAAGAAUGGAAAUCUUCAAGGCAUUGGGGGAUAACAAAGAAACUGAGGUUUUGGAUGUUGAAAUCGAUGAAGUAAGAAACAAAUUCCAAGAUCGCUUUGAAAUCGCUAACUCUAAUAAAGAACACCAAACACAAAAAGCUCAAGUCUUCGCUGCUUCUCUUGGGGAUGCCAUUGGAGAAUUUCAAAAAUACUUUGUGGAAAUGAUUGCGAUGGAAAAUAACGCAGCAAAGGUUGAAACUAUGACAAAAGAACACAAUGACAAUUUAGAACAUUUUCAAAACCUUGUUAAGCGUCCUUUGAAAUAUUACUUUGAUUCAAGUGGUGACUUUAAUAUAAAUAAUGGAAAUACUUUUGGCAACGACGAAAACGGAGAUUUCUACAUUGACUUACAAGGCCGAAAAAUUUAUAAAAGGCGUUUCUUUUGUGAUAGGUUUGGCGUGUAUUUUGUGAAUAUUUGUGGCAAUCGAACCUACAAAGAAGAUUCUGAAGCAUCAGAAUAUAUUUUAGUUCAAGGAAAUUGGACUCAAAUCAAGCCUGGAACUUAUGAGAGAGAUGAAAGAGGUUUAAGAAUAAGACCGAAGAAAGAAAGCGAUGAAGAAGUUGUAAUGAGAAAAGAAGAUUUUUGUGAUUUUGAUGACAAAAGAAAAUCGUCAGGAAUUACUAACGAUGACAUUAAUUACAUUAAGACAACUGUUGGUCCAGUUCUUCGAAAAGGUCUUGCAGCUGUUGUGCUUCAUCAACCAAUCGAUCCAAUUAAUUACUUUGCAAACUUUCUUCUAAAUUAUCGCAAUAAUCUUGUGAUGUUGGAUAACUGCGACAUCGAAUUAAAUAAACGCGUCUGA